ACCUUGCGCCCAUUUUCCCCAUGUGUCCCCGAUCCACGGGCUCCAACCGGGCCGUUGGUUCUCGGUGGGUAACAAAGUAAGCCCGAAUGGCCAUACCCUUGUGUGCGGGAUAAGGGGACACAUCAAGUGUGCUGAGAGCUCCCCGAGGUAGCUUGCAGGACAGAAGAAGAAGGUCUGAUCGAGGAAGUGCUGGAACGACUUCAGAGACUGGGUGCAAAGUAACGUAUCGGAAAGCAAAAGAGGAGACUGUCGUAUCUGCCAUCAAAGAUGAUUCCAGUUAGGAUAAAAGCCUCUCCUUCUCGAGAGGCCGAGGCGUCUAGCGCAAAAAGCCUGAAGAGAAUGUAAUUUUACAAUUCUCCCCGUCCGUCCGUUGCGCAAUGUGCAACUGUAACGACUUCCUUACUCGCAGUCGCAAAGCUCGGCCGUAGGACGAGUCCGGUACUUCAGCGAGACGUCCAGCACUGUUCCAGAGAGCGCAAUGUAUUGCUUGAUGAGGUCAGGCAGCGUGGUGGUUGGAGGGCUUCUAGAAAGGGCAGCCAAAAUAUGGCGAUCGAGCAUGGGAGGCCCUGGGUCGUUCUCUUUCGAUGGAUGUGGGGUUUGAGCAAUGAUAGAAGAUGAGACAGUGGCAUAUGCCCGCAUCGUUCCCUUUGAUAACCUGAGUUGGCGGCCAACCAAGACGUUGCCGACGCUACGAAGCAGAGGUUGGAGCAUGGUAGAGGUAGAUCCAGUGGCUGAGAUUAUAUCAUUGGAAUAA